GAGGGGGGAGGGAGGUGCGGAAGCGCUGUGGGCGGCGGGGCCGGGCGGGCUGAGGCGCGAUGCGGGGCGGCCGCCGCCUCCUCCCGCUGCUGCUGCUGGCGCUGCUGCGCGGGCCGUGCCGCGGCAGGGAGACGGCGCCGGGCGCUGUUACCUGCGGCUCGGUGCUGAAGCUGCUCAACACCCGGCACAGCGUGAGGCUGCACUCGCACGAGGUCAAGUACGGCUCCGGAAGCGGGCAGCAGUCAGUGACAGGAGUUGAAGCUUCAGAUGAUGCUAACAGUUACUGGCGGAUUCGGGGGAAGAGCGAUGGCAGUUGCCAACGUGGAACACCAGUGAAAUGUGGGCAAGCAAUACGACUUACCCAUGUGAACACGGGAAAAAACUUACACACUCAUCACUUCCCAUCACCGCUCUCCAAUAACCAGGAAGUAAGUGCCUUUGGUGAUGAUGGUGAAGGCGAUGACCUCGAUAUAUGGAUUGUGCAAUGCAGUGGGACACACUGGGAGCGGGAGGAUGCGGUGCGCUUCAAGCACGUAGGAACUGAGGUGUUCCUUUCGAUAACGGGGGAGCAAUAUGGCCAUCCAAUUAGAGGCCAGCGGGAAGUUCAUGGCAUGCCCACCGCUAAUCACCACAACUAUUGGAAAGCAAUGGAAGGAGUCUUCAUCAAACCCAGUAUGGACCCUGCAAAACACGAUGAGCUCUGAAUUGACAGAGGAUCCAAAAUGCUUCAGCUUACUCCAAUGUUCGGAGAUGCUAACCCUUGGUCUCUUACAAGUCCUGCCUUGCCUAAGUGACUGACUUUCUGUGUUACUGAAGGGCAUUAGUUCACUCUAGGAAUGCAGCACUUCUGUGGGGAAUGACAUCUGCCGGGUUCAGACACUGAGAUUUAUUUAAUAAAUCCCUUCUAAAUUUUCAAGCUUAUUUGGUGAAACUAGUUCAUACGUCUGUUAGUUUUCACUAUUGUUUGUUUUGGUUGUUACUUUUUCUCAAAUUCAAAGGAAAUGGAAAAAAAAACAAGUAAUACAUUUCUGUAGUCCCAAAUACAGCAAAACUUUGUAUUUUGUAAUCUUUUUCCAAUUAUCAUUAAAUAUUUGGAAACUUCCUUCUACUUGUUAAUGGGGAGAAUGUUAUUUCGGAGGAGUUGGAGUAAGUCUAGAAAGGGAAUAUAAUGCUUGGAAUGUAGUAUCUUUUGAACGGUUUGAAGUCAGCUACUCAGCCUUCCAGAAAAAUAUCACAGCCUGUCUGAAAAUUGCCUCCAAUGUCUUUCUUGAGUUCUGUUGUAUAUGUAUGAAAGAGUUGAAAAUGUUAUAUAUAUUGGCAUAAGAAGACAAAAGUUUUUGUUUCCUUUCUCCCAAGAAGUUCAGGUUUUCUGGCAAUGGUGAUACUGCUAAUUAUCAAAUGGUAAGACUGUCUUGCUCUAAGAACUGGUGCACGAAGCUACUCUCAUUUAAUUAAUACUAUAAUUUUGUAAACUGAUGUGAAGGAAUUUGAUUUAUAUUGUACUUGCAUGUCACCGCAAGACCAGUAUGAGAAUCCAGAUGAAUAAAUAGUGGGACUUAUACCCACGUGGAGUUCUUUUGUGUGAA